UUUAUUGAUUGCGAUUGUGUGUAUGUGAAAAUUUUAAAGGUUUUGAAACGAAAAAAAAGAAAAAAAUGUCUGAUUUAUCAUCAAACGAAUCAAAUACAGUAAUAACAAUAUCAGAAGAUACUACUCAACAAUCCGAUGAUGAAAAAUCAGCAACAACAACAACAACAACAGAUUCAUCAUCAACAUCGAAAAGUAGUUCAAAGGAAAAACCAAGUGAAAAACCAAAACCAACUGGUCCGGCUGCUGGUGGCUUUUUCGAAAUGCAUUUACCCGAAAAUUGGGGUACAAUCCGAUUAUGGGCCGAACAACAACAAGUAAAAGAAAAUGGUUAUGAUCAUUAUGUAUUACGUUUUAAUGAUCAAUCACAACCUGUUGAAGAACCAAAACCAUUGGAAGGUAAUCAAAUUGUAAAAGAACAUUUUGAUCAACAAAAAGAUAUUAAACAAACAAAUGCUGUUACUGUUUGUAGUGGUAAUGUUGAACAAACAUUAGAACCAUUACAACGGCCACAACCAAAAGAAACGGUUAAAAUUCGUUGGAAUGAAUAUUCAUUCGAUCCAUUUCCAGAAACAACAACGGGUAAAAUUGAAAAGCCACCAUCACAACAAGUUGAACAACAACAGUCAAGUGGACAAUUUGAUGAAAUGCUACAAAGAAGAGGUUGAAGAUUGGUUCAUUUUCUUCAAUCAUUAUUAUUAUUAUUAUUGCCACUAAAAUAAUGUAUAAAAAUAUUUAGCUAAAUUUAAA